AUGUCGCUCUACGUUCCUCCUCAUCGGCGGCAGGCGGCGGCAUCGUCCUCAGAGGGGUUAUCUUCUACCUCCUCGGUGGCAUUUCAGCAAGAGGCAUGGCGCGCAUUAAGCCGUAGCAUCACCGGGGUGGUGAACAAGGUGAGCAAAGACAACCUUGAGCAGUCAGCCAUUGAAUUGUUUCGUGAAAACCUUGUUCGCGGCCGUGGCUUGUUUGCCCGCAGUAUAAUGCGCACCCAGCAAAUAGAUUCGGAGCUUACCCCUGUGCUAGCUGCCUUGGUGAGCCGCAUCAACAAAGAUCUUCCAAUGGUUGUUGAGCUGCUCUGCAAGCGGCUUGUCGUGCAGUGGAAUCGUGCCUACCUGCGUAAGGACUGGCGCUACGUCGAGAACGCAAGUCGCUACCUGGGGUGGCUCUUUCUACUCCGCGUUGUUGAGGUGGACGUCAUCUAUCAGCUUCUACUGAAGCACCUAAUGGCGGAAAAGCGGAGUGAUGAGGACAUUGAUCAAGCGGCGAAGCUAUUCAGGGAGACCUUCAGGGUGAUGUCUCUGAAAGAGCGACGCUCCUUCCACGAGCAAAUUCUAACCCCCUUUCGAGAUUUGUUGGCCAUGGACGAUGAGGAGCUGCGCCUGUCCACCCGCUCCCAGGCGGUGCUCGAGUCGUGCCUGAAGGAAGUGCAGGAGUGGGAGCGGCGCAAGGAAAAAGAGGAGCCCAUACCGGAGCACCUCGUUCUCUUUGACCUGGAAGUGCAGCAGACGCAUGAGGUGGACCUGGACGAGAAGUACCCAACGGAGGAUGCGCUGGACCGGUACACCUUUGAUCCCGAGUACGACACUCACGAGGAGCAGUAUGAGGCGGUGCGCAAGACCAUUCUCGGCGAAGACUGGGAGAUGGAGCUGCUGCAGCAGGUCGCCGACGCCGAGGUGGACGAGGACGCCGAGGGAAGUGAUCAUGUCGCCGACGAGGGGGCCGAUAACCCAUCUGCUGAAGCAGGCACGGCUGCAUCAGGGGCUGCUUCGUCCCCCACCAGCCUGGAACUUGAUGCGUCCAAGACUCUCAUAGACUCUGAGGAGCGUAAGCUCCGGCGUGAGGUGUACCUGGCGAUGCGCAGCAGCAUCCGCGCUGAUGAGGCGGUACACAAGAUUCUGCGACAGAUGGAGCCGCAGACGGAGCGGACGAUUUGCUUCAUGGUGAUCGAGGGCUGCUGCGAGGAGAGGGCCUACCGCAAAAUGUAUAGCAUGGCAGCGGAGCGACUGUGCAAGAGCAACUCGCGUUUUCAGGCUUUCUUUGUGGAGGCGUUUCACGCGCGCUAUGAGAGCGCGAGCGGCCUAACGUUGAAACAGAUCGAGUACACCUGCAAGGUGUACAGCCAUCUGCUCCGCACGGGCUCUGUGUACUGGAGUCGCUGCUUGAGCUGUCUCGAUAUCGUCGAGAACAAUGAAUCGCAGCGGCUCAUGAUCCAGUAUCUCUUCAAAGGGGUGGCAGAGGAGAUUGGCAUGCCGGAGGUAUUGGAACGGUUUCAGAAAGACGAGGAGCUGCGUUGGCACACCCAGCGAUUGUUUCCGCUCCAUCAGGGAGUCGAGACGCUGAAGGCUGCAGUGAACUUAUACGUGGCGAUGGGACUGGCUGAGAUGACGACGCCGCUGCGAGCUGCACUCGAAGAGGAGCGGGCGGCGCACAAGCGUGCGCGUGUGGGACACUAG